AUGCUGAUAUAUGAAGAAGCCAAAUUGAAGGGUUUUGAUAACUAUGAUAGGGAAUUGGAGGAUGUAAUAGAUAGGCUUAUUGUUGAGUGUGAUAGGAAAAUUGCUAGAGCACUCAAACGUCUUGACGAUGAGGACGCUAAAGCUGCUAUUGCAAUCUCAGUGUCUGAGGUUACUCAGACACCUGAGAUUCUUGAGUUGUCGACGGAGAUCAAGGAGAAGUUGAAAGAAGCUGAUCAACAUGCUGCACAAUUGGAGUUCAUAAGGAAAUUCAUGUUUUUAGAGGCACAAUGGCUUGGGAUUGAACAUUUUCUUGUCAAGUUUUUCUUCUUAAAAGCAUGCCUCGUGCGCUGA